AUGUCAACGAAGACAUUUCUACUAGCUUUUCAUCGUUUUGUUGCUCUUAGAGGGAAACCUUCAGUCGUAUACAGUGAUAAUGGAACUAGUUUCAAAGAAGCUGCCAGUGCUUUUGCCUUAAUUGAUUUUGAGAAAAUUUUCUUUGAAACAAGAGAAGAACACAUAAUUUGGAAGUUUAUACCACCUAAUGGUUCUUGGUGGGGAGGUUGGUGGGAGAGACUUGCAGGAAUGAUGAAAAAUAUUUUAAAGAAAUCUCUAGGAAGAGCCAUUUUAAGCUACGAAAAAAUUAUUACAGCUUUAUGCAAUUGUGAGAAUAUUUUAAAUGAAAGGCAUUUAACUACAAUAUCAUCUGAUCCAAGUCUUACUCCUCUUACACCAGCAAAUUUUCCUCAAGGAAAUCAAAAUUAG